GACAACGCCAUUGAGUCAAUAUCAAUCAUGGAGGCCGCCAUGAGGACUGCUCGGAGAUUGCACCUUUUUCAUCGCUUAAAUAAACCUCACAUCCUAGUUUCCCGCGUUUCACAGGUAUCUCAGGCAAACUUCUGCAGUACCCACGGAGAAAAUGCGAAAGAUCAGGAUCCGAAUAUCCUCCAACUUCACCGGCAGUCCGAAACCAAGGUUCAAAAAAUAAGCAAGGCCAUGAAAUCGUACUUGGACAGAGCAAAGGCAUACGAUGAAUUCAUUCAGAAGGAAAAAAACGAAUUUGAAAUUGGAAAGCGCCACCUUGCCAACAUGAUGGGCGUGGAUGCUGAUGAAAUGACUCAAGCUGAUGUUGAUCGUGCUAUUGAGUAUCUGAUGCCAUCAGGGCUGUACGAAAAGAAGGCACGACCACUUAUGAAGCCCCCAGAGGAAGUGUUUCCCGCAGAGAAAGCUGCCCAGUUUGAUUACACAGGAAGGCCUUUUCAUUACCUGUUCUACACAACACGCCCAAACUACUAUGGCCUGCUGCAUGAUGCUGUGAGCAAACUGACAGAGCUCAACAGGCUGGAAAAUCGCAUGAUCAGCAAAGGUGUGCUUCAGGCGGCGGCUGAUCAGAAGGAAAACUUGGACGACAGUAUGUGGCUGUCGAAGAAAGAGUUGGAGGUCCGUCUGCUGGAGACUUUAAAGGACACGCAGUAUGAUUACUUCGUGAAGACCUUUGAGCGUCUGGCAGAGCACCCCUACUCUUCCCAUGCCAGAGAGUUUAUCCUCGAGUACAGGAAGACAAGAACCUCCUCUUUGAAGGAAGACGUCGUGCCGCCCGUAAGCCAUCUUGGGAUAAUCAAAGCUCUUAUUCCUGUCGAAAACUGUGGAAUCAAAGCACAGUUGAUGCUCCUGCUGCUUUUUUAUUUUUUGCAGUUGCUGUACGACGAGACGGGGCGGCCGUACAUGAAAGCGCAAGGUUUCAGAAAACGAACUAAAGCUGAAGUGACUGUGUGGGGGAACGGCACCGGGAAGUUGAGCAUCAACGGUCAUGGGAUCGACUACUUCCGCGAGAUCCGCGACAGGGAGCAGGUGAUGUUUCCACUGCAGUUCACCGGCCUGCUCAUGAAGGUGGACUUCGAGGCCACGGUGGAGAAGUCCAACGGUUUCAUGUGCGAGGCCGGCGCCAUUCGCCACGCCCUCGCCCUGGCCCUGCGGAGCUUCGUUCCGAUCGAGGAGGUCGAGAGGAUGAGGAUCGCCGGCCUACUGUCGAGGGACAGGCGUUGCAGGGAAAGGAAAAAGCCAGGCCAAGAGGGAGCCCGGCGCAAGUACACAUGGUUGAAGAGGUAGAGAUCAAGUCCAGGAGCAUGCACAGGUGCGCUAAAAUAAAGGUUUUUUUUACCAAUGGUGGUACAUUAGGGGUUGAAA